AUGUCACCACCACUCGGUUUCCAUUCGAUUUCCUACCACCACCACCCGGUUUCUUACCAUCCCCUCCGGUUUCCAUCCGGUUUCCUUUCAUCCCCUCCGGUUUCCAUCCGGUUUCCUUUCAUCCCCUCUGGUUUCCAUUCGGUUUCCUUUCAUCCCCUCCGGUUUCCAUUCGGUUUCCUUUCAUCCCCUCCGGUUUCCAUUAGGUUUCCUGCCAUUCCCCCAGCUAUUCCCAUUCGGCAUCCUGUCUUUUUCCCAUUCGGUUUAGCUUCUUUUACUCCAGCAAUCUCCACGUUCCCACUAAAUUAUUUUCCUUUAAAGAUACCCAUUUUUAUCUUAUUUAUGAUCACUCAAUUUUCUUAUCUAUUUUCUCUUCAAUUAAACUAUCCCUUUUUUAUCUCUCUAUCUUCUGCAAUGAAAAUCAUACAUUUUUUUGCUUGUCUUUCUCUCCAGCCAAACCAUUCACUGUCAUCCCCAUCCUUUUCCACUCACCUCGUCGGAAUCAACCAAUCAGCACAUCCAAUAUACAUUACCUCGUUUUCUCUAAUAUCUCAUUACACAGCUGCCACACUUUAUAGAUUUGCUUCAAUGUGCAUUCUCCUGGAAUCUGUUGAGGAAAGCUCGACUGGUGUCAGCCUCUGA